AUGUUUGACAUUCAGCUAAGGAAGGUCAAGGACCGUACCUUUCGACCGGCAGUACAAUUCGUCCCGGAGGUGGUCACACCUGGACACCUUACCUUCGCCGCCUUUAUCGCCGGACUAGGAGCCUGCAUGUGUGCGAUGGCUACCGAUCCGCGAAUGUCUACCUGGGCGGUUUAUCUCUGGUUGAUCAAUCGUAUACUUGAUUGCCUUGAUGGAGCGGUUGCGCGGACACGCAACCAAACUUCUGACGCGGGAGGAUUUCUGGACCUUCUCUCGGAUUUUAUCGUCUAUUCUCUGAUGCCGAUCAGCGUUGCAUGUGGAGAGACUCGACGAGGGCUGGCUCCCGAGAAUAUGUCCAGCUUGUGGCUGUCGAUCUCUCUACUUGAAGCGACGUUCCACAUCAAUAACUUCAUUCUCUUCUAUCUUGCUGCUUUGUCAUCACAAAAGACAAAUGAUGAGUUGACUGCUGUAACCAUGAAACCUGCCCUAGUUGAAGGUUUCGAGAGCGGUAUCUUCUUCACUCUCAUGCUGGCGUUUCCUAGCCUGCUUCAUUAUCUCACGUGGACAAUGGCAGCCGGUGUUUGCAUCGGCAUCGCGAGUAGAACUUGGCUGAUCUUGGACGCCUUCGCAGCCAUGAAGAUUCAACCGGGCCAUAUAAAAGUCUGCUGA